GAUUUCACACACUGUAAAAAUUCGUUCAGUGCUAUUGUCCUUAUAACUUAAUUUUAAAAACUAUAUUUAUUCCAAUAAAUUAACUUAUUUUUCUUUCUUUGUUUUUUGAGUUUUCAAAAAGUAAAAAAGUGUGAAUAUUUUCGUAACUUAAUAUUUUCUAUAAUAAAAUUAAUUUAAUUGGACUUCACCAUAAAUUGAUUUUACAAAACUCAUUUUAAAAGUUUAUAUCAGACGUAUCCUUAUGGACGUAUCAGACGUAAAAAGACACGACCCGCCCACUACCUGCAGCAACAGAAGAACAAGCCCGGCCAAAUCCUUCAUCUCGUCUGUUCCAGAAGUUUAUUCGAACGGGGUUUUCUACGGAGCCGGAUAAUACUUCACGUACCUCAUAUGGGAUGGCCCUGUAAAUUGUGCAACACUGUGGUACCAGGAAAGAGUGACAUUUUAAAGCAUUAUAGACUGCAUCAUGGGACUUUUGGACACAGCCAUGCCUUGCCUUGUAUUCAUAUAGAUUGCCCAUGUUCUUUUAAAUCCUGGAGUUCCUUCCGCUCUCACCUCUCAAGAUACCACCCAGAAGCUAAAUCCUUCAUCUCACCACAACCAGUGCCUGCUACCUUCUCCUCAAGAAACAAGAUUGGAGGAAACGCGCAUGAAAAUUGGUCCCUCAUACGACUGUUGCCAUUCAUUAUUGGACACAAAAUACCUUUGAGUGAUCCAGCCUGGCUUCUGUUGAUGUCUUUAAAAGACAUUGUUGAGCUUGUUGUGGGUCCAGUCCAUAAUGAGGAAAGCAUUGCAUAUCUUGACUCAAAAAUUUCUGAACACCGACACAGAUUCCAGGAAGUGUUCCCUAAUGAAGAAUUAAUCCCGAAGCACCACUUUUUAGAGCACUAUCCUGCUUUGAUAAAAGCUUUUGGACCAGUUAUAGCUUUCUGGACGAUGCGGUUCGAAGCAAAACACAGCCAGUUUAAACGGAUUGUAAGGCAUACUGGCAACUUCAAGAACAUUCUCCUGUCCCUGGCUACAAAGCACCAGCUUAUGAUAAGCCACAACCUGCAUUCCACAACAGUUUUGCCUGCUCUUAGUGUUGUAAGAGUAACAUCAGUUCCAGUGGAUGUCCUACAUGUAAAUGUUCAGGAGUCAAUCAGGCAUAUAUCUCCUUCUCAGUCUCAUGUUCAGCUGGCUGACACAGUCACCUAUCAGGGAUCGAGGUACUCAAAAGGCAUGAUUGUGGCCUUUGGUUCUACUGCAGGUCUUCCUGAUUUUGCAGUGAUUCUUCAAAUUGCACUUAUCGAGGAAAGAGUGUAUUUUAUUGUGAGAACACAGAUAUCCUGGUUUGAUGAACAUUAUCGCGGAUAUUAUCUGGAGAAGACAGACCACAUAACUCUCGUUGAGCAACGAUGCCUUACUGAUGUAUAUCCUCUGUCUGCCUAUAUUGUUGCAGGAAAGCAAAUGGUGAUAUUGAAGCGCCACAUCUGUCUCCAACAUAACUCUUCUUAGAAAUGGAGCAAACUGUGAGAUUCCGGGUCCUCAUCGAUCAUGAAAUCAAGAAACUCACUCUCAGCAGUGGCAUGCCCUCAACUGUGAAUGAGUUGGUUGCAGCUGUCAAAGAACAUUUUUCCAUCCCCACAGAUAUAAGUCUUCAAUACAAAGAUGAGGAAUUUGAUGACUUCUUCACCCUAACAUCUACCAAUGAGCUGAAAGAUAAGUGCACACUUAAAGUUGUGUAUACACCGCUGGAGUUGACGCUGACCGUUGUUCCCCAGGAAAGCACCCCAGAUGCCUCUGAUGUCAGCUCUCUCUGUGAGUGUACGAGUCUCAGUGGGAACUCAGUGGAUACUGUCAUUCCGAGUCCAUCCCCCUCUGAAAGGCAGAGCCCAUGGCCUGCUGUGUUUCCAAUUCCAACCUUCUCACACAACACUGAACUGGCCUUAAGACAAGGAAACGAGAUUUAUUUAAGAGAUGGCACCCCUAUGACAUCACCAAGUAUCAAAUCAGACAUCCUGGAGCGCCUGGCAGAGGCCAUGUUUUUCUACACAGCUUACCCCAAUGAUGCCCAGAGAUGUGCAGUGGCAGAGGCACUAGUUGCAAAGCAUCCCUGCUUAAAGGAGCCCGGAUCUUUUAAUGGAAUUUAUGGGUGGCAGGUAAGCCUAAAGUAUAAGUGUGGAAACUACCGGACAAAACGGAAAGCACUUGGAAGCACUGAACUCCUGAUAAACUCACUGAGAAACAAGUCAAGUGAUGAGCGAAAAGCCGCUAAAAAUGUCAAGAAACCAAAGAGGGCAGAGGUGAAUUACUUGCCCUCACACCCACAUGGUGAAACAGAUGACACCCUUGAGAAUCUGAGACUUGACCUAAUUGCUGCCCAUCAGACAAAGGACUCUGUCAGGAGCACAAAUGAUAUGAUGGCCAGAACAUACAGCUGGAGAAGACAGGAAGUUAUUACCAAGUCUCCUGGUGUGGCAGAAUUCAAGGAAAGAUGGCCUGCCCUCUUCGAACCAUUCCAGGUAAACGAGGAGUUCCGAAGAUGUACUGCAGUUUCCCUGGAAGCGACGUUUAUGUCACAGCUGGACAAAUACACCCCAAAGCUCCUAGAACUCUUUAGUGCCAAGGGAGGAGCAACUGGUCAACGCAUCAAAAAGUUGUUGAUGGAUCUGAUACAGGACCCAAGUGCCACUACAGUGAAGAAGAGAGAUGUCACUCUGAGAUGCCUCUUUGAGUAUAUGGGAGAGAGUGGACAGGAGCUUAUCUCGGAUUACUGUGGGGCCGCAGAGACCAUUGUUCAUGAGGACCUGAAAAUUAAGAACAUGAGCAUCUAUGUCUGCCGUGAGCCAGAUGCAGUAGGAAUCAUCAUUGAGGGAAUACCAGUCCUUACCAAUCUUGGAAACCUGGCCAAAGCAUGCUGCUUCCUGCUUGGGUUGACAUAUGCACUUAAUCUUGAGUAUCCAUCCAAGCUUUCCAAAACAUUUGAGGUGUUUCAAAGACUUUUCGUGGGACUUGAGACACUGCGCCCAAAACCAAGCCCCAAGUUCAUGACCCUGAAAAACAAACUCCUUGCCUAGGCACUCAGACAUGACUGUCACUGCACUUGUGAACAGCUGUUUUCUUUGUCUGUUCAACAUCAUUAUACAUUGGACAUAAUGGGUGUUAUGUCCAAUGUUAUAUUGGACAUAAUUGGACAUUCAGGUUGUUGUAAUGGUUUAUCCUUGUCAUGUUUUAUACUGUACACAGGUCAUACUUCCUGGUGUGAAAAAGUAAUUAUAUUUUAUACACACAAAAUAGACCUGCUGUGAAGCUGCACUUUAAAAACUGGUCAGUAGGUGAGAUCAGUGAGAUGUUUGACUAAAGAUGUUUCAAAAUAUUCACACACGCUGUGAAGGUAUUAUGCCAAGUUGAGGUCAGAUGGUCAUGCUUGUGACCUGUAAUGUUAGUGUUAUAAUGUUUCAAUAUUAUGUUCACACUGUACUGUUAAAAGGAUAGUUCACUUCAAAAUGAAAAUUCUGUCAUCAUUUACUCACCCUCAAGUUGUUUUAAACCUGUAUGAAUUUCUUUCCUCUACAGGACACAAGGAAGAUGUCUGAAGAAUGUUAGUAACCGAACAGUUAACUGGACCCAUUGACUUCCAUAUUAGAAAAAAAUAAAAAGACUAUGGAAGAACAUUCUUCAAAAUAUCUUCCUUGUGUUCAGCAGAAGAAAGAAAUUCAUACAGGUUUAAAACAACUUGAGGGUGAGUAAAUGAUGACAGAAUUUUCAUUUUGAAGUGAACUAUCGUUUUAAGGUGUUUUACUAACCUACUAUUUACAAGCUGAGGUCAUAUUUUGUUUAAUACAUGAAUACAGAAGUUCUUGAUUGUUUAUACUGUCCAGCUCAUUCCCACUAUUUGGAUAUGGCAUGUGAAUUGUUAAAAAAUAGCAAGUGCCAGUUAACUAGAUAUUAAAAUGUUUUAAUAUUAUGUAUGUACACACAGUAAAAUAUACUGUGAAGGUGUUCUUCUAACCUGCACUUUAUAAGUUGAGGUCAUGCUUUUUUUAAUGCAUGAAUAGAUGUUAUUGAUUGUUAACACUAUCCAGCUCAUUUUGAAUUUGGUUUGUAAAUUGUUACUUAAUUUUAAAUUUUAAUUUUAAAUUUUUAAAUUUUGUAACAUUAUGUACACAGAACUGUACUGUGAAGGUGUUCCACUAACCUGCACUUUAUUUGCUGAGGGCAUGUUUUCUUAAAUGCCUGAAUACCAAUGUUUAUACUGUCCAGCUCAUUGCUACUGUUUUGGAUAUGGCAAUGAUUUAAUAAAUGUUGGAAAUUGA